UGGGAAGACAGUGAUGCCUGUUUACGAAAACAGAGAUCUAGGGAUUGACUAUUGCACUAAGGUUUUUCUUUCGAUGUGAAUAAUGACGAAGAUGUACGAAGAUGUCCAUGGGUACUCGGCCUCAUUUCGAAAUGUCGCUGGUAUAACAGUAUUCGCUCGUAUUCGCCGUCGUUCGCUCGCCUGAAACAGAGAACGCAGAGAACACACAAAGCAAAAUAUGAAAUGUCAGUUACCAUAACGUGCGCGACGCGUCAGGCAGGAAGUUAAAGGAAUGUUCAAUUUGGGAUUACUAAGGACUUUUCAGUGAAUUUGAUAUCGAAGUGAUUUUAUUUCUAAUGCUACAACAAAACAUAUUGGACAAAAGUCUUGCACAAAGGAUGGUGGCGUAAAGCGAAACCAAGACCGAAAUGUAUUUUAGAAAGUGAUUUCUCGAAUACAACCUUCAAGUUAUAACGAUUCAGAUUUAAUGUAAAUAUCAUCGAAUCGAUCAAUUCUGGAUUGUAAUAUUGUUUGUAACAGUCUAUCAUCGGAAAGUGAAAAAUUCAGAAUACUAGUGAGGGUUUGUUCGAGUCUAGUGGUAGCCAAACAUAAAAUUCAGAACAAAUAUGAUUUUCUAAAUAAAUGAUUAGAUGCAAAAAUAUAAAUUAAUUUUUAAGUUGCAUCAUCAAAUGCCGCGUUAAUUAGGAAUUAAAUAAAUAUGCGUUAGUGUACUAUUUAUAAUAUGGAAUCGAUUAAUCCUAUGAUGACCAGAGAACGAUGCAUAAGGACAAUAGUUUCUAUCUUAUUAGUUUUGGGGUUUGGACCAGCGAGGAGUUGGCAACAAGAAUCGCUGUUGUUCCAAAAUCCAAGACUUCAAACGCAUUUUCAACAACCUUCUGAUUCUUUUCACACUGGUGCUGAUCAGUUUCACUUUCAGGGGUUUCAGUCAUCUCCGAUAGAUUCGUUAAGGCAUCAACCUUCGCCGUUUAUAAAACCAUCUUCAAAUAGUUUUCUUUCGAAUUUGCACGUACAGCCGUUGCCGCAGCAAUCUCAAUUUCACAAACAUCCGCCAAAUACACAUGACAGGUUUCUGGGACAAGUUGGAUUGCAGCAAACGGCAAAUGAGCACUUACUUCACAGUAAUUCCUUUCCUCUUGAUUUGGGCGACGUCGGUUUUAACAAGCCGCGAUUUAGGUUGCCGGGUUUGAGUGAUUCUAAACAUAAGCCAGCUCCGAUAAGAAGUUUUCCUCAGCCACCGGAAAGAUCAUUCGCCAGCACAAUAUUUAAUAACAACAAUAUAUCGGGUAAACCAUUUAGCUCUCCAGAUAGAGCUGGAAUACCGGCACAGCAAUAUCACAGCAACGGCAGAACUCCUUUCUCAUCACAAGAACGUAACUUGAACAGUUUCGGUUUUCGUGAAACGGAUCGUAUAUUUGGCACAACACAGCAUAAAAGUAGACCAUUUAUAGUACCCGCGGAAGAACAGGGGAAAGAUUACGAUUACGAAGUUCGUUAUUCUGGUUCAAAAGAGAAACAAUCAUCUAAUAGCCGAUUUCUACCUAAUCGUACUGAUGCACCACCAGUUGUAACAUUCAGAAACACUGACGCCUAUUUGAGAUCACAGAAACAGAAUUUAGGAGAAGCUGUUGACAAGAAAAAGAUUUCCAUUACAACACACUCAGUUUUUGGAAAUUUAAAAGGUGAUUUCGAUGAAACGACGCCACCAGGCGAUGAAGAAUAUUACGAUGAAGGAGAAGAAGAAUUGCAUAAAGACUCUCCUGAUAUACUCAUCGAUGAAGACGAGGAUGUACAUAAUAAACCAAUAAAGGAUGAAAUCAAUAAAGAAAAUGGCUCGUUAAAGUAUGAUGUUUUUAAUAAAAAAUUGUAUGAAAAUAGUGAUAAUGAUGACAACCAGCAAAACAAGAAAAUGGUCGAAGAGGUGCUUGAUGAAAUAGAUACACAUGAUGAAGACAUCAUCGCAGACGAUAUGCCAAACCAGAAAUUAGUAAAUAAUGAUUAUAAAAUAAACAAUAUACAACUUGAUCAAAAUAUACCUGAGUCAGAAAAUGAUCCAAACAUCAUAACAGUCCGUCCAACAUCAGCAGUACCUAAUACUACAAAUGGUUUCGAUGUUCUUACAAUGAAUGCAGUUACUAUGGUAGAAAAUGAUAAUUUCAAAGAAUUUAUUGAUAGUGGUCUUAUUGAUAAUACAGAAAUGUUGGCGGUGUUGGAUUUGGCAGAUCACGCAACGGUUACACCAGAGAUAAUAUCACAAAAUGAUGAAAUAAAUAAAACUGAUAAUAAGUCUGUAGUUAACGAUGCUGAUAAGCCGAAUUCUGAAGGAAAAAUAACCGAAAUUGAAGAUAAUAGUUAUGAUCAAAUACAAGAUGAACAGGAAGAAAUUGAUGAUCAAGAUACCGUCGAUGAUGAUACCAACGACAAAAAUUUAGAAUACACUGAAAAUGAAGAAAAUAAGCAAAUCGAUGAUUUACCACAAAAUGAUGAAGACGUGCCAAUUACUGAAACAUCAACAACUGUUAAUGAAAUUAAACCUGAGUCUGCGACAGAAGAGUUAGUUUUAAUUCACGAAGUUGUAUCAGUUGUCACAACGAAAAGCGUGAUAAAUGGUACAAUAUUACCUGAUAUUACUAAACCAGCAUCAAUAGAAACAUUCAAUAAUACAUUUACUAAUGAUACCGAAGGUUGGUUUAUCAUAGGAUCAGUGCAAACCAGUAAAAGUGUAUCUCAGAUCAAACCAAUAUUAGAAACAGAUUCGGAAGAAGAAAAUGGUAAUGAUUUUGUAACUGAAGCUAUUGGUAUUAACGAUUUUUCUACCGACACCACUGUUAGUGAUGUUACAGUCCUUCCUGAUUCUGUGCAAGAUGUAACUCCAAUUCCGUCAACAGAAUCUAUAAUUGAUAAACUAGAUCAGUUGCAAUCAGAACUUUCCAGUAGUUUUCUUACCAGAGCCUUUAAUAAUAUUUCUGACAAUAUUGCAGUAUUGACAGAUAUGCAACAUAUCAAUAACGCAACCAGCACUGCCGCUCCACCGGUUCGAGAAACUCAACAACCAUCGCCGGUGGAUGUGAAACCAAUUAGAAAAUUCAUACCAAAUUUGCAUGUGACUACUAGUACAUUUAGGCCAAGGCAUAAAGCUACAAAAGUUGAGCCGAAAGUAGAUUCUGAAUUAUCUGCAUUAUUGCCUCCUGGUUUCAAACUUCGAAACUACAAUAGAAAAACUACAACAGCUCCUUGGAGCAAACCGGAUUCUGAGGUAAAACAUAGAAAUGGUACAACAGGUAGAAGUUUAGAGCAAUCUCAUGACGAUAAUAAAAUUGCUGGGCAAAAUUCACAAUUCAACUUUAAGAACAGACUUGAGAAAAACAUGUCGGAAACAAAAGACUUAUCGCAAACCGAAAAGAUAUUGGGAGGUGCUGUGCAGAUAGAUAUCAGCUCCUUACUUCCCCCGGGAUACGUGCCACCGCAAGUUAGUUCUAAAACUAGCAAUGAAAAUACUUCAGAAGCAAUUCAUACUACCGUUAAACAUGUUGAUGAAGAAAUUAAGACUGAUAAUAAAAGUAGUAAUAGUUCUAUUGAUAGUUUACUAAAGAAUUUAACCUUCGAGAAUAUUAGUUCUAAAUUAUUACCACAAGGAUUUAACGCAGGUGUAGAACCGGUCAAAGAAGCUAAAGAAAAGCCAAUUGAAAAACCGGUUGAAAAACCAUCAGGUGGUGGAUUAAAGGUUGUUUUUCCGAGCCGUCCUGGUGGCCGCAAGCCGAUUUCAAGAACAAAUGACGCCCGUCGCCCUGGCUCGGAUGGAAAUGCUGUGACGACUCCUCGUACAUCGACGCUGAAAGCAUGGCCUAGUCGGUCAACAACCGAGUUUACCGGUUGGCCUUCACCUUCAACAACUCCCAUCUCUAUUGAAAAACUUCUAGAGUUGCAGCGAACUCAACAAAUAGCAUUCGCAAAUAAAUCAUUACUCCCCGAGGGUUAUGAUCCAGGUGCCUUGAGUGAGACGUCCAGUACAACGACAACAACUACUGAGGCAACGUCGACUCCAACAACUACACACGUCCCUGGUGUCUGUGAGAAUGAAUGUUCUCUUGCCGCCACAAUCAAGCUUGUGGGCGGUAGCACUUGGGUUCCUGAACUAUUAGAUCAUCAUACUAAAGAGUGGCAACUUCUUGCAAAUGAAGUACAAACUGAAUUGGAGUUAGCAUACAGUAACUCAAACAUUUUGAAACAGUGGUUCAAGAAAGUUAGAAUCGAUAGUUUUAGUAAAGGAAGCAUAUUAGUGGACUAUUUUGUCGAACUCGCAGAUCUACCAGGUCAACUGGGCACUUUAGAAGUAAAACGAAUAUUUCAUGCAGCUUUAAGUCCUGCUCCUGAAUCAGAUUUUAAUGCCGAAAAUAAAAGUGAUACAGAAGAUAGUGAAGAUGAUUCUUUAAAAUUAUCAUUAGGAAAAUUUUUGGUCGAUCCUACUUAUACGGACUUUGUUGUGCUUCCAAAGGCACCAACUUCUACUGUGGGAUAUUCCGAAAGCGAUGUGCUGCUACCACAAUGGGCUAUUGCUGUUGUUGUUAUAGGGUUUGCUUCGUUGUGCUUCGUUAUUAUAUUUGGAGUCACAGUUCUCGUCAAUAAACAGAAAAAUAAUCAAAAGAAAAGUAAAGCAGUACCACUGACAGAAGAUAUGUUACAAGAAUUAAACAAAAAUCACAUGGGAGGCUUGGAUAAUUAUGGUGCUGAUGAUUUAUAUAAUGUUAAUCUAGAGGACCAAUGGAAUCAAUCAACCAAGCAGGCAAAGCGGCCGAUGGAUAAUGACAAUAUUGGCAGCAACCUAUACGAUAGUUGGCGUUCGCAGUGGACACGUCCAUCCCAACUUCAUCCGGCAGAGAUAUUCCGAGACACGCCGUGGAAAGCGCCCCCACAAGGAUUUAGAAAUGCACCCCCGCAAAACAUGAUGUCCAUAGCUCCAGAAUAUAAUCCAUAUGGAGACUCAAGGGCCUACGAUGUUUAUUUAAAUAGCCAUCAUUAUGGCUCAAGUUAUCAAAGAAAGCGUCCGGAUUACGAUACUAAUUUUUAAUUUCCUCCAGACUUUAUGCAUGCUAAACAAUAAACAUUAAUAAUGAAAAAUACUCAUUGCGAUUUAAUUUUCUAAUAUAAUUAUUUUCAUUUUACAUCCAA